CAAUGGCUGGGUGACAUAAUAAACAUUGAACUUUGUUCUUGUAAUAACCAGUGUGGUGGCAAUAGCAGGCAAUAGUGACUAAACGGAUAUCUCCAGUGACCAUAGGAGUCAAGACUGGUCAAACCCGAAUGCUGACAGAUAAAUGUUAUAUAAGCGAAUGCGCGACGGUCGACGUUUCAUUUCUAGCAGUUGUAGGCAAUCACACGGUUUUCUCUGCUCCGCGGUCGGCUCAACACGACACGACACGCGAAAUCGUUGUUCAGGUUCAGUGUGAAGUAAGCAGCAAAGCAGCUCCAAAGUGAACCGUCGACGCAACGCCAGCUGCCAAUAAAUAAUAAUCCGUGGCAAGGCAAUCCAAAGGCAAGAAUUUUCGUGAUUAAAAAUUGUUAAGAAAGAUGGACUGGCUGGGGAAUUUGACCAACGAUUCCGCGGUUCUUCGUAAUAUAUUAGGGCUGGAUGCUAAGCCGAAUAAAGUCUUGGAAGUUAAACCUGAACAAUAUGAAAAUCGCACAGUAUUGUCUCGACAAGGGAAGAUCUAUUUGUAUGGACCGGACAACCAGCAGAAGGAAAAGUAUGAAAUAGUUCUGUGUGGAUCUUGCACCAAAAACCCUGACCAGCUUUACAGUAUCUUUCGGUCAAAUACUUUGGAACCUGCAGAGAAGCUCUUUGCAGUCUUCAAAGACAAGGUUCCGGUUCUGGUUCAAAUCUCUAAAGAUCUGUGCAGCACAAGUGGAAUCGGUAAGCUGUGCGACCUCCUGACAAAUCAUCCGACAUGGACAUUGGCUCACUUAGCGGCCCAUCUUUUGCUUUAUGACGCAUUUGUCUACGCAGCCGUAAAUAGCCAUGUAAACACCAGUGAUCAGACAUCCGGAGUAUCGCCUCUUCAAAUCGCAAUCAAAGCAAACAACUUGAAGAUGGUUCAGUUGCUCUUAGCAGCCAAAAGUUCCCUCGAUCAUUUGGACCACAAUGCAAACACUGUCUAUCAUUAUGCGGUGCAUGCAAGUUCAGAGAUAAUUAUGGCCCUUGGUCCAAGUGCUCAGAACAGCCUCAACGCCAGAAACAGCAGCGGAUACACACCUCUGCACGUUGCCUGCCAUGCCAAUAAACCAGAGUCUGUUAAGGCUCUGCUUUUAAUUGGGGCCGAUGUGAAUAUUCCCCCAGUGGAGGGUAAACCAAAAACACCUGGCUACGUGGGUGAAUUCCUACGCGACAAGCCAGAUGCCCUAAAUUCGAAUGAAAUGAAAUAUGGUGGAUCUCCGUUACACUGGUCCACGAGUAGAGAAACGAUCAAUGCCUUGAUAGAACAGAAUUGCGACGUCGACCUUGUCAACUUUGAUGGAAGAACCGCCCUGCACAUUAUGGUAUUGAAAAACAAACUAGAGUGCGUCGUUGCUCUGCUGACACAAAUGGCGUCUGUUGAUAUCGUUGAUAAGGAUGGAAAUACUCCAUUGCAUCACGCCGUAGUUCACGCUAGUCCAGCCAUAGUUCAAGCACUCAUUGGAUUCGGUGCAGACAUCAAUGUAGCAAAUCACAAAGGCGAAACACCUAGGCAUCUCGUUAACAUAAAGGACAACACUGAAGGGAAGAAGGUCCUUUAUAUCCUACAUGCCGUUGGAGCACAGCGAUGUUCUCCUGAGAUGGAAGGAUGCCACAUAGGCUGCGGUUACAACGAAAACUUCAAUGGCGAAGCGCCGCCUGAGCCUUCCUCAGCAGCUUCUAGAGCGGUCUUGGAUCAAGUUCUAUAUACUGCGAGUGCAAAGAACCAGGCUUUGAAGGGCGAGUGUAGACUCGACGGUGGACGUCUGUUGUGCCUCGAUGGUGGCGGCAUUCGUGGGCUAGUCUUGGUACAAAUCCUUUUGGAAAUCGAGUCUGUGAUCAAAAAACCAAUUGUUGAAUGUUUCGACUGGAUUGCUGGGACUUCAACAGGUGGUAUUUUAGCCUUAGGUCUAGCAGUUGGCAAGAGUUUGAAGGAGUGCAUAGGGAUAUACUUUGAUGUAAAGGACAAAGCUUUUGUAGGCAAAAGACCCUACGACAGUGAAGGCCUGGAGACCAUUUUGAAAAAUGCAGUCGGUACUGAAACAGUAAUGGCUCAAAUUAAGCACCCAAAAUUGAUGAUAACUGGAGUGUUGGCAGACAGAAUGCCAGUGGAUCUGCAUUUGUUUAGAAAUUAUGAAUCUCCAAACACUCUGCUCGGAGUUCCGCCUAGCGGAAAGUUCAUGGAGACACACCCGCCAGAGCGUCAGCUUGUUUGGCGAGCUGCUAGAGCCACGGGAGCAGCUCCUUCGUACUUCAGAGCGUUCGGAAAGUUUCUUGAUGGAGGAUUAAUCGCGAAUAAUCCUACACUGGAUGCUUUGACAGAAAUAAAUGAGUACAAUCUGGCACUUGAAGCUGUCGGAAGAACAGACGAAGUGAAACCUGUUUCUCUUGUCGUCUCGCUGGGUACUGGUCUCAUUCCAGUACAAGAGCUUAAGAACAUCGACGUCUUUAUACCAGAAAGUCUUUGGGACACACCGAAAGUUGCUAAAGGCUUGAGUGCGUUGGGAGCUCUGUUGGUCGAUCAAGCCACAGCAAGUGAUGGUCGCCUUGUCGAUCGUGCAAAAUCAUGGUGCUCGAUGAUCGGCGUUCCUUAUUUCCGAUUCAAUCCUCAAAUGUCGGAGGAAAUAUCGAUGGAUGAAAAGAGCGACGAGAAGAUUGUUCAAAUGAUGUGGGAAGUCAAGGCAUUCAUGCACGCUCAUCAAAAUGAAGUAAAGAAACUGGCUGCUAUAUUUGAGGAUCAGUGAAGAUUAUUUGUCCCACUA